CGGAGGCGUUGGGAGCUGCGCGGCCAUGGUGGAGGGACCGGGCUGCGCGCUCUGCGGGGAGAGGCUGCGGCGCGGCGUGCGGACGGGGCAGCCCGUGCGCGGCGUGCGGGGCUGCGGCCCGGCGACUGCUGGAAGUGAGGAGAGGACCUCUGGUCACGAUUUUCUUAUUGGACAUGUUUACAGGGGUGUGGAGACAUUGGGAAAGGAGCUUUUUAUGUACUUUGAUCAGAAAGCUUUAAGGAUUCACUUUGGUAUGAACGGUUCCAUGCGCAUUAAUCCUGACGGAUGCAAAGACAGAAGUGGAGCACCACCAGUUUUGGAGAUACAGCUUGCAGAGGAUACUGUUUGUUUUUUUGAGGUGACAGCAGAGUAUAGAAGUGCUGCUGAGAGUGAGCAGAAAGUGAGAAUGAUGGAAAGCUUGGAUGUCUGUUCCCCAAAGUUUAGCUUCUUAAGAGCAGAAAGUGAGAUUAAGCAGCAGAAAACCCGCAUGUUGUGUGAUGUGUUGCUGGAUCAAGCAGUAUUACCUGGAGUGGGAAAUAUAAUAAAAAAUGAAGCACUGUUUGACAGUGGUCUCCAUCCAGCUCUUAAGGUUUGUCAACUGACAAAUGAGCAUAUAUGUCACUUGGUGAAAAUGACACGUGAUUUUACCCUGCUUUUUUAUAAGUGCCGCAAGACUGGGUCUGCACUCUACAAACACUACAAAGUAUACAAGCGCUCAGCCUGUGGUCAGUGCAACGGGAAGAUCACUGUGUGUCGUUUAGGAGAGAAUAACAGGAUGACUUACUUCUGCUCGCAGUGUCAAAAGGCGGAUCCCCAGCUUGUCAAUGUUCGCAAACUGCCAACUAGAAAUAGCCUAAUUGGCUGGGCAUGUGGCAGGGGGUCAUGUUCUAAUGAACGUGUAGCUCAGAAAUCUGAAGAGGAGUGGACGUGUGCACGCUGUACCCUAAUAAACAAGCCUUCUGCUGAAAUUUGUGAUGCCUGUUUGACUUCAAGGCCUGAAGAUCUUGGUAGCAAAGCUGUUCUGAAAAAUGAUACUGAAAUAUCUGGUAGAGCCUCUCAAUGUACUGCUCCAGAAAGGAAUUGCAGUCAAAUCCAAAACGAUGUCUACCAGUCAGGGAGAAGCAUAGACAAGGAUCAUUCAACACACAGAAUUGCUAUGGCUUUGUCCUCCUCUCAGCAACUUCUCUCUUUCAAACACAUACAGAAGAAACAGAAAACUGAUAAUCUAUCCUCUGUUCACCAAUAUCAUAAAGGAAUCAGCACAUCUCAAGCUAAUAUGACAGAUGAUGCUUCUAUGUUAAAUGCGCGCCAUCCUCGCUGCAGUAAACAUGGCCGUCUCUGCAGCCUCAGAGUUGUAAGAAAGGAUGGAGAAAACAAGGGCAGGCAGUUUUAUACCUGUCCUUUACCCAGAGAAACUCAGUGUGACUACUUUCAAUGGGCUGACUUGAAUUUUCCAUUUUGUAACCAUGGCAAGCGAUGUGUUAUGAAGACUGUGCUGAAGAUUGGUCCGAAUAACGGAAAGAACUUUUUUGUGUGCCCUCUUGGGAAGGAAAAACAGUGUGGCUUUUUCCAAUGGGCAGAAAAUGGGCCAGAACCAUUCAGGUUGGAAAAGACCUCCAAGAAUAUCAAAUCCAACUGUUACCCCAACACUGUCAUGUCUAUUAAACUGCCUCCUCCUGAAGUGCCUCGUCUACAGGUUUUUUGAACAUCUCCAGGGCUGGUGACUCCACCACUUCCCUGGGCAGCCUGUUUCAGUGCUUCACCACUCUUUCAGCAAAGAAAUUCUUCCUUGUAUCCAAUCUAAACCUCCCCAGAGGCAACUUGAGACCAUUUUCUUUUGUCCUGUCACUUGCAAGAGGAGACCACCACUUGCCUCACCGCAACCUCCUUUCAGGUAAUUGUAGGGGGCGAUAAGGUCUCCCCUCGGCCUCCUUUUCUCCAGACUAAACAAUCCCUGUUCCUUCAGCCAGUCCUCACAAGACUUGUGCCACAGACCCUUCACCAGCUUCAUUGCCCUUCUCUGCAUGCACUCCAGCACAUCAAUGCCUUGAAAGGCCCAAAACUGAACAUAGUAUUGAGUUGUGGCCUCACCCUUGAAUACAGGGGUACAAUCGCUUCCCUAGUCAUUGACAUUUGCUGAUGGCAGUCAGAGUUCAGCAUCUACUGUAACUUAAUAAGCUACAUUUCUGCCUUUUUAAUUCCUCUAAUGCCUGAAAGAUUGUUUAUUAUGUCAAAUUUUUACUUGAAUACUGAAAAUAUGCAUUCAAAAUCCAUUUAGAAAAGGGUGGAAAUGUGCAAUGCUGUAUUUUAGUGGAACAACAAAAUAAAUCCAACACAAUGAUAAAACUAUUUUCCAAAUAAAAGCUUAUUAAAAAUGCAACAGGCACACUUAGGGAUGAGUAGAAUUCAGAGUGUACAGAGUAUUGUUUAAACAUAGUCAGUGCUUUAGUUAUUUAACUUAUUGAAUUGCUAUUCCUGUACAAAGUGCAGGUCCCUGCAGAGUUUGUAUGCUUUAUGAUUUUAUUAUAAAAUUAACUGCAAACAACAUGACUGUCUUCUAGGUAUUAGUCAUAUGGUAUAAUCAUACUGUGAAAAGAUCCUAACACUAGGCUUCUUUUAAUACUAAGGUUUCAGGUGAGACCUUAACAGAGAGGUGGCAGAGUGAAGGAAGACCUCUCUGAAGGCACUGAUGAGCAGCAAAGCCCAGCUUAAAGACUGGAUGAAACUACAGUUAGGAACACUGAAGGGAAAAGUGAAGACCACCUGUUUGGUUACAGAGAGAGCUGAAACCUAAGUUCUUCCUUCAGACAUUAUAUGUCCAUGUGGUCCUUCACACCAACCCAUACUACCUCCAUCUGAAUUUUAGAUCAACUAAACAAAUCACCUGCAAUCCAAAUGCUUUGUGCUAACAUUAACCAGGCUUUCAGCUCAGAUUAUGAGUAAAUCCAGCUGCACAUUUCACUAGAUUAAAAAAUGGCCUAUGCAUAAAUUCUGCUGACAGGACUGUGCUCCAGGCAGGCUGAUUCCAGUCACAGAUUUUCCAAAAGCAACUCAUGCUUGACAAACUUAUUCUCCUUCUAUGACAAAGUAACAUCAGUUGAUGUGGGGUGAAAGUUGGACAUUGUCUACCUGGAUUUCUCCAAGGCUUUUGAUCUGGCAUUCCAUAGCCUCGUCCUAGAGUAACCGAUAUGUAACAGUCUAGAUGAGUGGUCACUAUGUGAUGCUGGUUUGAAUGUAAAUAAACCAGGGACUGCAGUACUGAACUCAGCCUCUGAUAACAAUAAUCAACUGCCAUUCCCCCCCUCCCUCCAUGCUCUACACAAUCUAUGUUUGGGUUUACCUAAUAUACAUGAAUUUCAAAUUCAGUUUAAAGUCUCUGAUUCAUUGCAGAAGAUGGAUUCACUUUAUUUUUAAUUUAUUGUUACGUCAAUACAUGAAAUACAUUAAAAAAUUCGAGCACUUGAACUUUAUUAUUU